ACCACCUCCUCCUUCAUUUGCAUCACUCGGCCUGCUGCCUUGCUCAUCAUUUCCGCCCUCGUCCGGACUCUUCCCUCUCCACAGACGGCCCAUGGACGUAGGUGAAAUCCACCUCUGCAUUCAUCUGCAGUUGUGAGUCUUCGCCGGAACUGCGCAGCCGACGCGGCCUGCACUCUCCUCUUGGGUUGAGGCUAGUAGUGUCCAUCAGCGCGCUCUCAAGAAGCAUUUCCGCCAGCAUCCAUAGGCCUUCAGCCUCUGACACAGCCAUGAGAUUGCACAACCCGCUCAGCUUUAGGCCCUUCCAGGUCUCUUUCUGGACGACCAUUGUCUACAUUGCCGCCUUGGUGCCGCUCAUCUUUGUCCAUGAGACAGUGCCCUCGCCUCCAGAGGACACUGUUGCAUACGCUGGUCUGAACCUGACGAAAGCAUGGUCUGACCUGCUCGAACUGACCCGUGCGUAUCAUCCCUAUAAUAGCCGCGAGAAUGAUAGACUCCACGAUUGGCUCCUCUUGGAGCUCGAGGCUAUUCAGGCGAGGAAUGGCGCCGCAAAGUCCGACUUCGUCAUCUUCGACGACAUCGUGUCCAACGUAACGGCCUACCAACGCACUGUUGGCUCGACAGUGGGUGGCGCGACAUACUUUGAAGGUACCAACAUCAUUGUCUACAUUCGCGGCAAGGAUGACCCCGAGGGUUCCUGGUGGGAGGUGUCCAGGUCUGCCGAGGUCAAGACGAUCGGCAAAGGUGGCGUGCUUCUCAACGCUCAUUAUGACUCCGUUUCUACUGGCUUUGGAGCGACUGAUGAUGGCAUGGGCUGUGCUACCGUCCUUGCGCUGGUCGACUAUUUUUCGCGCCCUGAGAACCAGCCUCAGCAUGGCAUUGUUGCGUUGCUCAACAACAACGAAGAGGAUUGGCUGUGGGGCGCGCAAGCCUUUGCCUACCACCCUAUGAUGCCCUUCUGCCAUACAUUCUUGAACCUCGAAGGAGCCGGCGCCGGCGGCCGGGCGACCAUUUUCCGGACCACAGAUGCCGAAGUGACCAGCGCCUACAAAAAUGUCCGGCAUCCUUUUGGCACGGUCAUAUCCUCCGACGCUUUCGGGCUCGGCGUCAUCAAGAGCGGCACGGACUUCUCCAUCUUCGUCGACGCUUACGGACUUCGAGGUCUGGAUAUGGCAUUCUACAAGCCAAGAGCGAGAUAUCAUACAAACCAGGAUGAUGCCAGGCACGCUUCGCGGGCCAGCCUUUGGCAUAUGAUGAGCAAUGCCCUGGAAACCAUGAAAGCUCUUUCGGGAGACACAGGCGACACCUUCAUUGGUGAGCGGAAUGAAGAGGGCACCGGCAAAGUCGACAAUGGCCAGGGCACUACUGGAGUCUGGUUCGAUAUCCUCGGUCGGGCUUUCGCAGUGUUUGACCUCAAGUCGUUCUUCGCGUGGUCGGUGUCGCUGCUCGUGGCGGGGCCUGUCAUCCUUAUGGUCACGACAUAUGCCAUUGCUCGCUCCGACAGAUAUUAUUUCUUCUCCUCGCGAAUUCUAGCCUAUGAGGGUUCAGUUCCCGAUCCGAUCAAGCUUGGAGGCCUCAAGGGCAUUGUCAGGUUCCCAUUUGCUUUGAUUGUUGCUAGCGCUUUGACAGUGGCAUCUGCGUACUUGCUUGCUAAGAUCAAUCCAUUGGUUGUAUACAGCAACGAAUACACCGUAUGGGCGAUGAUGCUUUCUCUCUUCUACUUCGCCUUCUGGACGAUAAUGGCUGGAGCCAACUUUGCACGACCCAGUGCACUAUCCCGCGGUUACGCCAUUAUGUGGAUAUACGCAAUCAGCUGGCUGCUCUUGGUCGUCAACACUGUCUUUGAGGACAGGUUCAACAUCGGCAGCGGAUACGUCUUCGUGUUCCUGAACUCAGCGGCUUUCUUGGCUGUACUACUCGCUCUCCUGGAACAACUCGGGCUCCCCACUAAGUUGAUCUGGGCACUACAAUCCCAUCCUGACCAUCACGUUAGUGACGACCAUUUGGAGUCUGUUCCACACGCCGGUGAUUACCCGCGUUCAUCCGAUGGCAAUCAGGACACCGAAGAUGCCAGCGAGCCCACGGAAAGUAGUCCUUUGAUUCGAGGCAACAACGACAACCACCAUGGGACAACGUUUGGCGGUGGGUACAGACAGCGACACACACCCUCGGCUGCAGACGAGGAACACAAUGCCUAUGGCAAGGAGCCGUACGAGCACGAGCAGCCCUGGUCAGCAAAUCUCCCGAGCUGGCUGUGGUUCGUGCAAUUUCUGCUGCUGGGCCCAUUCCUCGUGAUCAUCAUCGGUCAGAGUGGCUUGCUACUUGUUUCUUCGGUGAGCCAGACUGGUGUUGACGGAUCCAGCCUCCUCGUACCGUAUGUCAUGACAGCGUUCUUCAGCAUCAUGCUAGUGCUGCCUGUGACCCCAUUCACCCACCGUAUCUCGCAUCAUGUUCCGCUCGUACUUCUCCUCGUAUUCGUGGCAACCCUGAUCUACAACCUCCUGGUCUUCCCGUUCACGGAGGACAGUCGGGCCAAGAUCUACUUUCAGCAAAUCAUCGACCUUGAUACUGGCGCUUCCGAGGUUACUUACAAUGGCAUCCGCGAGUAUGUCGAUAUGGUGGUGGACGAGCUGCCCUCUGCUGCGGGCAAGCCACGCAACUACACGCAAAGCGGGCGAGCCGGACUCACGAGCUGUGCGUACGACGGAUCUGCCGUCCCACCUAACGUCGUGCCUGGAGCGUCCGAUGGCAUUCCUCCGGAGAAAGGCUUUGCCGACUGGAUUUCGGUCAACAUUACGCGAGCGGAGGGCGACUCGAAAGCGCGUUUUGUGGUGGAUGCCAAGGAGACGAAGUCAUGCCUCAUGACAUUCGACAAGCGCAUUACCACAUUCCGCAUCCAAGGUGCGAACAAGCCCGAUGAGCGUUUCGCCGCGAUGCCCGAGGAUGGCGUCAACUCGAUUGGCCUGUAUCGCCGAGACUGGAAGACGCCAUGGGAGGUUGAUGUGAGAUGGGAUGGUGAGGGGGGUGACGAGACCACAGGCAUGGACGGGCGGCUUGUAUGCUACUGGGCCGACGUCAACACACCUGGUACUAUACCAGCGUACGAUGAGGGGCUGCAGUACGCACCCACGUGGGCAGCUUUGACAAAGUUUGGCAAGGGUCUGGUGACUGGGAGCAAAGCAUUCAAAGCAUGAGCGUAUGCUCUUGCACACGAUGGCAAAGAGCGACGGCUGGCGGCAGACUUUGGGGAGGGACCGGGUGCGGGCAUGACACGGCGGGACGCAUCAGGUUUGGCUUUGAUGACUUUUGAGUUGGGCUCGUUGGCCCACUUGUGGUUGUUGUCCCGCUGUCUGCUUUAGCCUGCAUGACAGCCAACGCGUGUUGGUAGGCGCAGAAACAGAUUGUUAGCGUGUACUAGUAAAUGAUGAAGCAUCUCUAGCAGGGAGUGUGGUUUCCAAGCACUUUGCUCUGCAUUGUA